CAGGCUAACCGAGGAGCAAGUUGUACCAAAAAUACAGCGCUAGCUACCGAAAUACUUUUAAAUCAAAUCAAAUCAAAUUAAACUCAACAUUUCCCGAACCUAACCUAGCUAACAGCAGUUAUUAAAACGUAGAAGUUCAUUUAGCGCCUGCAGCUUUCAAAGGCAGCACUCUUGGUUAGAUAUCUACAGUAGAUAUAAAAAAAAAAAAAUAGACACUCUUGUUAUGAUUACAAAAUAAAAAAACAAAACGCCAUAUAAAUCGUGUCGGAUCUUUUCCCAGCUUUAAUGUGAAAUCGCAGCCAACACAAUUCAAAUGGGAAAAAAACAACUAUUAGGAAUGUUUUAUGUUGGGAUGGAAAAGAAAAGUGAAAGGUACAGUAACUUGUACACACCCUGUUAUAAUGGGUCACGUGGCCAUGCUCGGAGUGAAACAAUGACAUGUCUCAUGUCAUCAGGGAAGUGAUUCAGAUUAACCCUAAAUAAAUCUUCAGAUCACAGUUUCUCGGUUUCAUCCGACUGCUGAAGAGCUGACAAAGCAUAGGAACAGGACUGUCCCUCAAAAACCGAUGAAAGGACAAGACAAACACUUACCAGGGAGGCUGCCAAGAGCUCCUCACAGCAAUGUUAAAAGAGCUGAAGGAACAUCUGACAAGUACUGAUUUCUCUCUGCAUGUGAUACCACUCUCGCAUUCUUCACACGACUGAGCUAUGGGGUAGGGAGGCUAGACGGAAGCACACUCCCAUGAAGAAAAAACAAACAAAACAAAAAAACAUCCAAGCUCAACUCAAUCACCCCAAACCAUGUGGCAAAAUGUGUUAUGGGCUGAUGAGAGCAAAGUAGAACUUUUUGUGCAUAAUUCUAAAAGAUAUGUUAGGAACCAAAACAAGACAGCAAGGGCUCUAGUCAAGAUGUAGCUCCGUAUACUGAAUCAAUUUUGGCACAAAACCUGCAGCCGAAUAUGAAGAAAGACGUAACCUUCCAGCACGAUAACAACCCGGAGCACAAAUCCAAGUUAACAAAGGAAAGGCUUCAGAAGAUGAUGAUCAGCGUUUUUGAGUGGCCCAGUCAGAACCCAGAUCUAAAUCUUAUUAGAAACCUGCGGAACGACUCAAAGAAGAUCCACUUGCUAUCCGAUAGAUCCGGAGCAUUUUUUGUAAGGAAGACCGGAAUAAAGCGGUCAGUUUAAAGGUGGAAAAAAAGAUCAGACAGGAUUUAUCUUGGGUUCAUUAUUAACUUCCCAGAAACCCCUGCAGUUUUAACAGAGCGGUGUAAAGUUUUUGUCUCCACUGUGUAAGGCUGAAGGUAACUAACACUAUAGCGAUUAAGGCAGAUAACCAUAACUUGUUUGUAUUCUUGGAUGCGCAGGUAGGAAACGGCGGUGAAAUAAAUACAGCAGCUGUUUGUUCAUCCUAAUGUCCCUUUAACUCCUCCAGAUGCCGCUGCAUGUCUGAACACCACCAGCUGCCUUCCUCAAGCACUUUCCUCAGCUCCUGUCACUGAUGGCAGAUGUUACAAAGGUGAUGGAUAUUGUAAUCCUCGAUGAUGAUGCUGAAGAGCCUUUGUCAUCUUCAUCGCUUCUGCAGACAUCCUGUGUGUCCAGUACGUCUCCCGUCCUACAGCCACCAGCAACACACAUCCUGGGGUCUCCUUUUGCUUCGGCUAGGAAGGAGAGCCAUGUCCUCAAACUGGAGAAUGAGAAGCUCUUUGGCGAGUUCGUGGAUCACUGCGUAGAACACACUCAAAAGCACCCGGAGGUGGUGAACUUCCUGAAGAUGAAAUAUUCCAAGGCCUUGCCCGACUUCCUGAUGUCCGUGGAGUUCCGGAACGCCGUGGGUCGCUGCCUGACACGAGCUCAGGCGCAAACUACCAAAACGUUUGUUUACAUAAACGAACUCUGUACCCUGCUGAAACAGCACUCGACCAAAAGGAGGGCCGUGAUCCAGCCUUCCACUGCCAAAAAGCAGCAGCAAACCGAGAGCUGGGAUGAGGCGAAGGGGAAUACGGACGUAAAAGAGGAAUCUGCCUCGAGGCAGCCAGAAGUUGGGGAGGAAGAGGAGGAAAGGAAAACUAAACGAGCUUCCAAGAGACAGAUAGCAUACCUGGAGAACCUGCUGAAGGUUUAUAGUGAUGAGAUCAAACGGCUGCAGGAGAGAGAUUUGAGUUUGGAGGAUCUGGAGAAGGAGGACUCGAGCUACAUCCAGGAGCAUAAACUCAAACGCAAAAUGAUGAAGAUCUAUGAUAAACUGUGUGAGCUAAAGAACUGUAGCACACUCACUGGCAGAGUCAUGGAGCAGAGGAUUCAUUACAGAGGCACCCGUUACCCAGAGAUCAACAAGAAGAUUGAGCGAUUUAUAAACCGACCCGAGAUCCGUCAGAACCCUCCGGAUUACACGGACAUCCUGCAAGUGGUGAAGCGCGCCAACGAGCGUAACCAGCUGAUGCUGAGCCGUAAGCAGGAGGCGCAGAUUGCGCAGGAGGCCUUCCGCGAGACGGGCAAUAGGCUGCAGGAGAGGCGCCACCUCGACAUGGUCUACAACUUCGGCUCUCACCUCACGGACUUGUACAAACCCGGUUCAGAUCCUGCCCUUGUUGACUCACUGUUAUCCCAGAAGCUACGCUCUAACCGAGAGCGGGCUCUCAGCUCCCUAGAGGAGGUCAUCAACAAAUUCGCCAACAAACAGGAUGACACAGAGGAAGAGGAAAGGAGAAAGCGUCUGGAGAAAGAAAAACCGAAAAAAGAGAAUGGCCAAGAGGAAUCCAUAAAAGCAGAGAACAGUGACAAGAGCGGAGAUGAAAAUGAGGAGGUGGAGGAGGAGGACGAGGAGGAGGAGGAGGAGGAAGACGACGAUGUUUCUUCAGAUCCGGAUAUUGAGGAGGAGAUCCAGGCCAGUGCAGCCCAAGUCAGACCAGAUGAGGAAGAUAAUGAGGAGGACCAUCUGAGCGUCAGUGACAACGUCGUACAACAGCCCAGCAGCCACGACGAUGGGUCUUGUCCAUCAGUUAAAUCGCCUGGCAAUGCAGGUGAAAGUGGUGACAAAGUUCCACAGGAUGACAGCAGGACAUGUGGCAGCGUUACCACCGAAAAACAACUGGAAGACAAGCGUUCCACCGACAGUCCCUCCUCUUCUAACAGUCGCAGCCAGUCAGAUGUCACGAACCCUCAGCCUGGGGAGGAGGCGCUGCUCGUUUCUCACAACAGUCCCUCAGCUGACUCUAACGGCAUCAGUGAAGCCACAGAGAUUCCAUCCACCCCUGAGAACUGUGUCUCCACCCCACUGACGAUAUCCGCAAGUCAUCCCGAGCCGUGUAACCACAAGAAGAGGAAACGGGAAGCAAAGAAGAAUCACACGGUUGUCCAAAAUGGCAACAUCAGACGGAGCGAUGCGAGCGACAGCGAUGUCUCUCCGGACGUAAAUGUGGCCUGUAGCCCUGUGCAAGUGGACUCCACACGGGCGGACACGCCCACUCAGGAUAUGGUCAGCAGCUCUCGCUACACACCACCCCCUAAAAAGCAAAAGGUCAAAAUUGUUAAUGAUUUGCUGGAAGGGGGCGGGGCAUCCAGUCAAUGUCAGUUCAUAUCGGUGAACGUUGCAACCCAGUGUGACCCAGAUGAGGUGAUUGUUCUCUCUGAUUCGGACUGAGGUGGAACUGGAUACUGAGCCUUGUUUUCAUAAACGUCCUUGCUCCAAAUCUGCUGGUGCUUGUCCAUGUAAAAUCCUGAAAGUCGCGUGCCGUCUUUUUUUUUUCUUUUUUUAAAACGAGAAACAAAGCUGACUAGAGAAGCUCUUUUGCAUUGAAUUGAAUCAUCUCUACCACGCAGUUACCUUUUUAAACUCAAAACAGCUAGCUGCAAUGCCCAUUUGGCUCAGCAGCACAAUUUCAGGGUAUGUCAAUGGGGUAUUUUUUUAGGAAAAUAUAAAACAAUUUCAUUGUAAUGAUCUAUUUAAAUAUUCUUUUUUUGUUUUGUUGAAAGCAGAUAAAAAGGUCUAUCUCUGUGUAAUUAGAUUUAAUUAAACAGGGAAGGCCUAUUUAUUUUUCUGUUGAGUUCCCUUACAAACUCAAUAAAAAAAAAAAAAGCUUA